AUGCCUCCCGGCGACCCUCAUGAGGUUCUCCGACUAUCGCAGAGCCGAUUGCUCAGCCUCUCCAACCGCUAUAUGCGAGUCGACCGGCAGACGCUACAGCGCCUCUCCCUCUUCUCUGCCAUUGUAUUCAAUUUCAAGGCGCUUUUCAUACCCAUGUCGGAACUUAGGGAUGAACCUGGUGUACCGAAAUUGCUUGCGAAGAUUCUGAAGGAGCAUGUUGUAUUGCCAGAGUUGGAGAAGUGGUCGGAGGAGCAGGAUGAGAAAGGUUUGAUGGAGAAGGGUUGGGAGGUACACACUCUGGGAGAAAGUUCACGGUUUAAGGGGUAG